UUGGGAAGACUGAAAAGCAAGAGCUGAGCAUCCUGGGCACUCAUUCAAUGCUCGGUGAUGGAUCAUUCUGGAGCAAAACAAAACACUCUCCUGGCAGGGAGACUGUGUGCAAUCCAAGGGCAUGGCACCACCUUGGGGGACUGGGUGGCUUCCUGAGGAGAGCACAAUAAAACGCAGCCGCUUCCGGCACUGCUGACGAGGGGGUGGCCCUCUAAUUACCCAGGUGGAUUUUAUUGUAACGGAGCCAGCAAUGCAGGAUUUGACGCUAGGGGUCCAAAUGUAUCACCUGCCCAGGGCAAUUUAGUGAGCUGUCUGUGCUUUAUCUGCUGUUCUCCAUGCCAGCAGUGCUCGCUCCCCUUGCUGCUCCCUGCACUCCUGAUCCCCACGCAGCCCAUCCGUCCCUCUUUGCAUGGGCUUCUACGUGCAGCCUUGUGUGUGUCAUCCUUUAAAUGCCAUAUUCUGAUGUGAAUAGGGUUUCCUGAGUAUACAGGGUCGCAUACACUCUGUUAAAGUCUCUUGACUUGGGGCAGAUACCAAAAUAUUUCAGGACUCCCAUCAUCUCACAGCAAGCACUGUCUGUUUGGUCGCGUAGCAGGAAAAUAAGAAACAAAGCAUCACUAGUUGAUCAGUAAAGCCAAGGGGCUCUGGCUGACACCCAGGACACCAAUUCCCAACCAGCAUUCCCUGCUCAGCUGUUUGCAGCAGUGAGGAGCCUCUGCCGGUCCCACCAACCCCACAGCUCAGGGCUGCAAGGACUGUCGGCCGCUGCUUUUCUGCACCACCAGGUAAACUAAGCAGAAAUUUUGCUUUCAGAUUUUUUUCCCUGUGAGUUUCUAGGGAAUGGAAACACUGAAGGAAAACUCCUCCAGCAUUCUGCAGAUGAGCUGUAGGGCUCAGUGAGCACAGGCUUGUCCCGUGGGUGAUGGAUGAGCCAGCACCACCCCGCAACCUGGGGAGCAAAACACUGAAAUCAGCUUUGGAAUAACUACAGCCCGUAAGGCUCUGCCAUUUACUUCGAGAUUUGAUGCGCAGCAGGCUCUGUGCCUCAAUUUACCCGACUACAAAGGAGAGUCUGCGAUGUUUAAUCUCUCUUGCUGCAAGAGCGUUGAGCAAAGCACUUUAUGAGUGCAAAAUUUAUCAACACAAUAAGAGCAAAAUCUGCUUUACCAUGAGGUCUGGGUGGUGGGAAUAGUUCUUCAGCAAAACCACCGUCCCAGCCCAUGGGUCUGAGCAGGCUGACAAAUCCCCACAGCUCUCUGUUUGCUGACAACCAGCAGAAGUGACAACAUUACAAGUGACUUCUAAGAUCCCUGUGGCUUUAAUAGGGAAAGAUAUAUUUUAACAACCCAGGCAAAUAACUGUGCGGUGCUGCCAAUUGCAAUGAGUGCUUGCAGCCGCACUUCACGCCCAGAGAAGCUGUUAUUUUUCUGGCAUUAGAUAGGAGGAUCAUGUGCGAGCUGACAUAACAGACACGCCAAAACUGUUCAGCUGUACAGGCUCUUCCAGACUAAAUACCAAAAAAACCCAAUCCACCAAAAAACCACCAAUGUGCCCCCAGGGACAGUCAGACGCAAAGCCCCAAAUGACAUGCGUGCAUCUAGAAAACGCACAGCAGAUUUCCAAGCCAUAUGCACAGGCUUUAAUCAAUGAACCUCGCUGAUACAUGGGAAACACUUCAUUCCCAGUAAUUGUCCUUUGACAGCUCUAACAAGUAGGAUCUGCUUGGGAUGGUAAUGAUUACGGUGCUGACUCACAGAGGGUUUUGCCGUGCUGGCGGCAGCGCACCAGCGUGGUGCUCACUUGGAAGGCAUUUUGCAUUUUGAACCAAUCUGCAUUUUUAAUCCUCUGACUGCCAGCGGUCCUUGGUGGCUUUGCCGUGCUGACUCCCAUUUCCCUCCAGCAGGGGCUGGAUGGGGAUGUUCCUCUCACUCAGUGCCCAGUGAGGGGAGAGAAGUGGGGGUGUCCCUGUGCUCCCUGUGAUCGGGAGCUCCACGUGGGCUCUCACCGUGCUCGCACACACACCACGGGCAGACCAGUGGGCACAUUUGAGGCACAGUCUGCUCCUGACCCCCGUACAGCCCAAACCUCCGCUUUGCAGCCCCGCAGCACACUACCUUACAGCAACAGCAGGAGCCCAAACGUCAGCACCUCGAUGGGGAAAUGAGAGCAGCGGGACAAGGACAGCCCUGCACAGGGUGAGCUGGCCUGGCUGGGGCUGCUCAGCCACAGGAAAACCACUCGAGAAGUUUCCAUGAACAAAGUCUUGCUGCUGCUCCAUUACAGCUCCCGCAGCCCUUAAUGACCGUGACUAUGAAGAGGCCUUUUGGUUUUCCUCUGAUAAGGAUUUUCCCUUCCAAGCACACGGGGAUGAAGUGGAGGGGCCGAGGCAGCGCUCGUGCACGGAGCAGCCAGAAGCCAGGGCAGACCUCGCUGCAGGGAAAUCGCAACCCCCGGAAAACUGUUCCCCUAAUUACAGCCUUGAAGCAUGGAGCAAACCACAUAAGUGAUUCACACAGCGUUCCCAAGCUGCAGCCGCGUGAAUUGGAGAGAUUUCCAAACGCUGCCGCGACGUGCACGCUAUUAUCAGGAUGGAAAUACGGAAAUUUUCAUCAUAAGGAGGCAAGGAGGGGAAAAAAUACACCAUUAAAUGAAUCUCUUCGAGUCAAGAAGACCCGGGAGGUGUGUCUCUGGUGGAUCUGUAUAGGAUACAGAGCUGUGAUGGCAGGGAGCAGGCUGGCAGGGCGCUGUAGAAAUGCUUGGGUUUGUUAUCGCAGAGCUGGGGGCCUGGCCUCUGCUUGCGAGCAGGGUGUGAAAGGGAGCAGGCAAGUGCACUUGGGGAGGGAGAAAGGGAUGGAGCUGGUGUGGAGUGGAGUUAAAAGUGGCCCAUUGUUAGGGAAGUUUGCUCUCCUCACAUCAUCACAGCUCCCAGUGACACCGCUCUGCCUUUUGAAGUGCAACAUUAGGCGUUUCCUUGUCACCCAUUGGCGAGGAAGCUUUUUUACCACAUUAAGUCAUUGGGUAGCAAAUGAAUGGGGGGUUUUGACUAUUCAGAACUUCACCUUAUAAAUAUCAGGGUUGCAGGUUCCUGCAGCUUUCCUGGACCCGAAUAUCUGGAGAUACAUCGCGGCACAGCGAGGCAGCCCUGCCAGGGACCUGCGGGAUCAACGGAGGGAGCCAGGUCCCACGCUCUGACAGCCAUGAGGAGCAGCACCUUCCUCCUCUUCUCCAUCGUGGGCAUCUAUGGAGCUGUUCUCAAUGCAGCAGCAUGGUCAGUGAACAACUUUCUGAUGACAGGACCUAAGGCAUACCUGACGUACUCCAGCAGUGUGGCGGCGGGCGCACAGAGUGGGAUGGAGGAGUGCAAGUUUCAGUUUGGAUGGGAGCGCUGGAACUGCCCCGAGAGCGCCCUGCAGCUCUCCACACACAACCGCCUGCGCAGUGCUACCAGAGAGACAUCCUUUGUGCACGCCAUCAGCUCCGCUGGUGUUAUGUACACCCUGACCAGGAACUGCAGCAUGGGAGACUUCGAGAGCUGCAGCUGUGACGACUCCAGGAACGGGCGUGUAGGUGGCCGUGGCUGGGUCUGGGGAGGCUGCAGCGACAAUGUGGAGUUUGGGGAGAGGAUUUCCAAACUCUUUGUGGAUGCUUUAGAAACAGGACAUGAUACCCGUGCCCUAAUCAACCUGCACAACAAUGAAGUUGGGAGACUCGCUGUGAAAUCCACGAUGAAACGAGCCUGCAAGUGCCAUGGGGUGUCAGGCAGCUGCAGUAUCCAGACCUGCUGGCUCCAGCUCGCUGACUUUCGGGAGAUCGGCAACUACCUGAAGAUGAAAUAUGACCAAGCCCAUAAGCUGGAGAUGGACAAGAGGAGGAUGAGAGCUGGCAAUAGCGCUGACAGCCGCGGGGCCACUGCCGAGGCCUUCCACCACGUCCACUCCACAGAGCUCGUCUUCUUGGAGGACUCCCCCGACUACUGCACAAGGAAUGCCAGCCUGGGACACCACGGCACCGAGGGCCGCGAGUGCCUACAGGCUGGCAAGAACCUCUCGCAAUGGGAGCGGAGGAGCUGCCGGCGGCUCUGCACAGAGUGCGGCCUCAAAGUGGAGGAGAGGAGGACAGAGGUGGUCAGCAGCUGCAACUGCAAGUUCCACUGGUGCUGCACGGUGCGAUGCGAGCAGUGCCGGCAGCUGGUGGCCAAGCACUUCUGCGCCCGCCGCGAUGCCACCGUCGCCAACCACACCAAGCGGCGGAACAAAGGCCACAGGAGAUAGGGGAAGGCUGGCAACCAUGCCUGCCAGGCGGACCUGUGGGUUUCUCCACCUGUGGCAGCCCUCACAUAACUGAGCUUGGGAAGGAGCCUUGCCUGGGGAAGUCCCUUUAUACCUGACAGAGGGAAGAGUUUCACCUUAUUUCGGUGGGUUCCAUGCAUUGAACCACCGCCAGCCAAGGUCAAGCAGCGUUAGCAUGAACGGGCACCAUAACCAGGGCUGGUCCUGUUGGGUUGCUCCAUUUUUGUGCAGGCACCACAACCCCAGCACCCCUACCUAAUCCUGCACAGGCGUUGCUUGGAAGCGCUCCUGAUGGGGAAACUUGUGCACUUUCUGAUGUGAGAGGGUUUUCUGAGUGCUGCUGUUUGUAUUAGCACAGCUGCAGCUUUUUGAGGGCAUCAAUAGGUUUAAGGACUGUGUUUACAUGGUUGCUUUUUAAUUUUAAAACAUUGUGGUUUGGUACCAGACCAUCUACCCACAUGGAUAAUAGCUUCAUGUGUUCGUACCAGGUGAAAGUAAUUUGUUUACAGUUUCUUUACUUUUUAGAAAACCAACAUAGCAAAUAUGAAUUAAGAACUCUUUAUGCCUAAUGCUGCUUAUUAAGAAGCUGAAUUGUUGCUUUGCACAAUCUGUUUUCUCCAUAUAUUUUCAAGGCAUCCCUAAAGAGUUAGAUGUCAGCCUGUAUUUUGCAAUAAACACCAUAA